CGAUACGGGGAGAUAAGUGCACGAGGCUCACCGUGGAAACGCGCUCAAGCCCCAUUUCCCCGAUGCAAACCGCGAGCAGAGGUUAUCCGACUAGCAGGGCAACUCUCUAACCGACACCAUGGUGACCGUCACCUCCAUCGCGUCCCUCGUGCUCAAGAUAUUCAAGCUGGUGGUGAACCUCAUCAUCCUCGUCUUGUACCGGACGGGGUAUGCGGGCGGCUUCCUCGGCGUGGGCGGCACGUGGAACCUCAACGAGGAGAAGAGCCCCGACGCCGAGAUCGUGGCGAGCGGCGUGCUCGUCGGCUUCUUCAUCUACACGGCCGUGUGCCUCAUGGCGUACUGCUUCGGCUACACUAAGCACAAGCAGUCCCUCGUGGAAAUCAUGAUGAACUUCGUCGGGACCAUCAUGUGGAUCUCGGUGGGCGGCACGGCGCUGCACUACUGGAGCGGCUACAUGAAGGAGCAGCACUACACCACCAACGUGCCCGAGCGCUCCGUGGGGCUGGCCGUGGGCGCGCUCUGCGUCAUCGAGGGAGCCGCCUACCUCAUCGACACCGUGCUGUCCUUCAUCCACUUCGCCAACGACGACGAUUAGUCACCAUUUCCUAAAUCACCGUUUUCCAGAUUAGCGAGUAAGAAUGAUAACUGGCAGAGCAGUAUAUAGAGCGACAUGGCUGUGUCACCGUGUGUCCGGGCGCUACAACACGACAGUGUGCGGGUUUGCCUACUCGCUCCAUCCGAAAGGCGCCAAGGCCUCCAGGGUAGGCUGGCCCGCAACAAUGUUACGCCAUAGCGCUGACACACGUUGUUCUUAAAAUCUUACGAUCGCCACUUUUGUUAAAAAUAAGGAAGGUCAUGUUCAUAAUGUGAAAAAUUGCUGCAGUGCCAUAAUAUGGACGGAAAAAUUGUCAGGAAGAUUUUAACAGUAAGAAACGUUCUACGAAUGAGGACGCCUCUGUUCUGCCCGCUAAGCUGAAAACGGAACUAUUGUGUCGUGUUACCAAGUCGGGAGAUUGACAAUUUUCGGUCUUUCCGGCGCGCCUUUUCUAAGCCGGACGAAGUUGUUUGGUUUUCAUUUCCCUCCAUUUCUAUUCAUUGUGACCAACCAUAUUCAUCACUAUUUCAUUCAAACACCCAGACAAGGUAGGUUAACUCAGUAGGUUAAUUGUUAUACGUAAGAUUGUCUCGACGACCAUUUAUUUAUUUGUUUAUAUACAUUGCCGACGUGAUUGUUAUUUUUUGAAGCACGUUGGUUGUGCCCGCUCAUACAAUGUGUUAAGUUAGCACGCUUAGUCCGACAAUUGAUCAACCAUGCACCUUUCCGUAUGACCACCAAUGUCGUCAUUGGGGGUGCCGUUUCACUGUAAAAUUGAACACAUGAUCGGCGUAUAAUUAUGAUUUAUGCUUCGGACGUGUUCAAGCAGCCGCAGUAAGCGAGUAAAGAGCCCUGUGUAAACAGCGUUGAGGACUCGAGAGCUGCAAAUGACAACAACUCUUACAUAGAGUCCAAUGUAAAUUAUACAUGUCAGGCAUAUGACAACUCUUAUAGAAUACAAAAAAAUGUCAAAUACACGACAUUGUCUUUUUAUAUUAAAUGCGAAGAAUUUUU